AUGGGCUCUGGCACUACACAUACAGUUUAUAAAGGCAACAAGCGUCCAUGCCCUAAAGAAUGCGUGUUAAUCAUUGACAAACCAACUGGAACUGUAACUCUGGAAAAAUUGUCAAACACAAUUCAGGUUAAAAAAACCAGAGCUGAAGGCUCCAGUCGUCAUUCAAUUCGACCUGUUACACCUGUAGACACAGGUAAAAAGACAUCUCCUCCUAAAGGUGGCAAAUUGACACAGUUUAGCCCACCAUCAAUCAAGGAAUGUUCUCCAGCCUUGACUCCUCUUGAGCAAGACAACAGAGAUGGAUUAAAUGGUCUGUCAAAUGUAACCAGUCAACCAGUGAGUGGCCUGGAAACUGGCAACAUGAGUGACAGCAGCAGUGGUUCUUCUUCAUCAAGUGGCAGUGAUUUUUCAAGUGACAGUGAUACUGAUCAAUCAGAUUCUGAGGUUGAACCAAAUAAAAGUCCACCUCCUGAAAUACCAGUAAAAAUAUUUAUACUCUGA